AUGGAACAAGUUUCAAGUUUCUUAGAAAACAUACUUGCAGUGGAACAUGAUGAAGAUGGCAAGAAGAAAGUAGAUAAAAAGACAAAUUCAUUAUUAAUUGACAAAAUCGUUGAACGAUUGAUCUCAAUUAUCAUUCCUGUUAAUAACUUAGAUCAACAAACCAUCAUAAAUGAAAGACUUCAAAUACAAAAGACAAGACCUUCAUUAUCAAUGAAUAUCAUGUCGUCCAAUGCUAUCAUGUUAAAUUCUAGACUUACCAAUGUGUUUGUGUUUAUAGAUAGUGUGAUAAAUUUCUUGAAUUGGACAAAUCCAUACCUAACCGUGGGAAUUUUAUUAAUAAUAACUCAUAUCAUUUUGAAUCCUUAUUUGAUAACUAUUUUACCCAUAGUUCUUAUCAUCAACAACGUUUUAGUUCCACAUUAUUUACUAGUUCAUCCUCCUGAUAAGUCAAUCAUAGAUCAUAAUCCAAUUCCUGAUGAUGAAGCUUUAAAUGAUGCAACUUUACCAGGACCGGUUCCACAAUUUAGUCAGGAAUUUUUAUUAAAUUUUACUGAUUUACAAAAUCAUAUGGUACUUUACAUCUGUACAUACGAUUUCUUGAUUUGGUUAACAAAAGAUUAUUUCUACUUCAAGAAUGAAGAUUUGAGUUCAUUAGUUUAUUUAGGUUUAUUGGCAUUAAUGGGAUCAAAUCUAUUCAUUUUGCCUAAAUUAAUUCCUUUUGUAUUUUCAAAUUUAUUCUUAGUUAAAAUGAUUUUCAUAAUAAUGACAUGGAUCUUUGCUAUUAUUAUUUAUCCUAGUAAUAGAGAUAUUUUACUCAAUUUCUUGUAUGAUGAAAAUACAAGAAUAGGAUUUUUAUCAAGAUUGAAUAAUUUGGAAAAUAAAUUGGUUGAAAAGUUAGUUCAUGAAGAAAGUUUUGAAAAACUGUGUAAAAUCAUCGAAAUUUAUGAAUUACAAAAAUUUAACAGAUUUUUAAAGAGUUGGGAAUUUAUUGGAUUUACUAAUGAUUUUUAUUCAAUUAAUAACCCAUUGAGGAAAUUAAAUUCUAAUCUUUUUAAAGAUGUUGAAGAUGAAGGAUUAAUUGAAGAAGAAGACAAUAUCAAAAUAAAUAGAGUUGCAAAUAUCAAUAAUAUUAUUUGUCCUAAAGGAUGGAAAUUCUUCGGUAAUUGGAAUAUAGAUUUAAAACCUAGCGAAUGGGUAGAAAAUAAUUUAAUCAAAGAUAUUGUUAAUAUUGAUGAUGAUGAAAAAUGGGUUUAUGAUUUUUACGAUGGAGACUCAGAAAUCUUCAGAAGGAGGAGAUGGACUAGAUAUUGUGUUAGAGAUAGUAACAAAAAGUCUAAUGCCUAA